AUGGCGGCGCGGGCGGGAGGAGAUGCUUUGACCUCCCCAAGAUGGCGGCGCGGGCGCUUCCGUUACGUCCCCAAGAUGGCGGAGAGCAUCCACAAGCUGAAAGAGAAAGCCAAGAAGCGGAAAGGUCGAGGCUUCGGCUCAGAGGAGGGCUCGCGAGCCCGCGUGCGUGAGGACUACGACAGCGUGGAGCAGGACGGGGACGAGCCGGGCCCGCAGAGGUCGGUGGAGGGCUGGAUUCUCUUCGUCACGGGAGUGCACGAGGAGGCGACGGAAGAAGACAUCCACGACAAAUUCGCGGAGUACGGCGAGAUAAAAAACAUCCACCUGAACCUCGACAGACGGACGGGGUACCUGAAGGGAUACACUCUGGUUGAGUACGAAACCUAUAAAGAGGCGCAGGCGGCCAUGGAGGGGCUGAACGGGCAGGAGCUGAUGGGACAACCCAUCAGCGUGGACUGGUGCUUCGUGAGAGGGCCCCCGAAAGGAAAGCGAAGGGGCGGGCGCCGGCGGAGCAGAAGUCCGGACAGGAGACGCCGAUGA